GUGUGUGCAUGCCUGUGCUUGCUGCAGGGCAAAAGGACAACGAAGAAACGGUUUGGAUUUUUUCGAUUCGGUUUUUUAUUUUAAUUUAGGAAUGAACGCAGAUACGUGCGUUUCAUAUUGUAAUAUGACAUCGAUGGAUUCAUAUUAUAACACGUCUUCGCCACACGGCAGGGAUCACCAACCGUCAAAUCCCUUAAGGACAUUCCAAACGAGUGAACCCAAAUACAGCCCAACGUUCCUACCAAGCAAAGGACAACAGGGUUACCGGGAGAAGUCUCGGAAUCCUUUCCAACAACAGGAGUGCCAGUCACUGGAUGCCGCCUCAGAGGAAAGCAACAACUUCAACAAAUACCACCUCUUCAUGCAACGACCAGUUUGCAAAACCCCCCCGGAAAGCAGUGGACACAACGGCGCGCCUACCCCUUGCUAUGGCAGAGACAACAAGGGCGACAAAGACUCUGAGCUGACCCUAAACACUGACUCCCCUGUGAUAGAGGGUUCCUAUCUGAACCUGAAGGAACCAGGGUCAGGGGUCAAGGGUCAGGGUCAGUCCGACCCUGGCUUGGACCACCUCUCCAGUCCCAUGGACAAGGGGAGCGAGGCUGCGGAAAGCAACAAGGGGAAGAAGAGGCGUAACCGCACCACCUUCACCUCGUAUCAGUUGGAGGAGUUGGAGAAGGUGUUUCAGAAGACUCACUACCCUGAUGUCUAUGUCAGAGAACAGCUGGCGUUGAGGACCGACCUGACAGAGGCACGAGUACAGGUGUGGUUCCAGAAUCGGCGUGCCAAGUGGAGGAAGAGGGAGAGGUUUGGUCAGAUGCAGCAAGUCAGAACUCACUUCUCUUCUGCCUACGAGCUCCCCCUGCUCACCAGGCCAGAUAACUACACACAGGUACAGAAGAUCCAGAACCCAUCGUGGCUGGGCGGUGGCAGCAGUGCCUCUCCCGUCCCCGGCUGUGUGGUGCCCUUUGACGGAUCAGUCACCUCCUGCAUUACCCCGCACCCCCAUGGAGGGGUCUCUGACUACCUAUGCGUGCCCAGCCCGGGCGGACAGGGCCAUGGGGGCCACAUGGGACAGUCACACAUGGGGAGUCUCUUCGGGGCUGGAGGAACGGGUGGUGGCGGAGGCCUCAACGGAUACGACCUAAACAGUGUCGAUCCAGACAGGAAGUCUUCUAGUAUCGCAGUGCUGCGUAUGAAGGCUAAGGAACACAGUGCAGCUAUCUCCUGGAACACAUGAUGCUAUGGGAUUGGUCCUGGGUCUAGGUCUGGACUGGAAGUACACGCCCUAACUGAACCAGAACACGCCUUAACCAUGCCUACUAAGCCAGUCAGCGCCACAACUGGAUCCGCCGACACGGCCAGUGGGGAAGAGGAGGAGGUGGAGGAGAGCCAGGAAGGGACUAUGACUAAGCCACCUGACAGCACUAAUGAUGCCAAAGCAGGUCAAAUGAAUGAAUGAACUCUAAUAGAGACAAUUAAGAUAACGAGUCCAGCGGCCUUGGACAUCACAGCCAAGAUAACUUACUAUGUGACAAAGAGAAUCAGCAGAUGCUGACAAUGAUAGAGAGAGAGCAGUGUAGAGGUU